GAGGACAACGACGCCAUGACAGCGCCAGAAGCGUCACCACCGUCACCACCGCCCAGCUCCAUGUCUUCAUCAUCCCAGAUUCCAGGUCUCGACCUCCUGUCAGCCGCGCAAUUUGAAGCCCAAGUUGCAGCUAGAAGAGCAGCCUCCUCGCCGAACACUCCCGCUACCAAGCGUCCCAAACUCGACACACCAGCCAGCUCGUCGUCGUCGACAGCUCCGCGCACACUCCUUCCCUCCAAGCCCCGUGGUGACUCUGCCGCCAAAAGACUUUCGAACCACCUGGCACAUACGGCGGCCGCCAAAGAGAAGGCUGCCGACAUGGCUGUGACUUGGCUAGAGCAACAACCCAUCCCAAAGAGAGGUCCAAAAGAUGCAGGACUCCUGCCACUCGCUGCUGCGAAGGUCGAUCCAUCUGAAAACUGGGUUGGUGUAUUGCACGAAUUCUGUCAAGGACGCGCAAUCGAUCAGCCCGAGUACACUAUCUUCGAGCUUGGUCCCCAACGAUUUGGUGCGACAUGCACCAUUCUCAAACACACACACCACGACCAAAAUGCCGCCUUCUCGACACACACUCGUGCCACUGUGGCUCCUGUCGUUCCAGCCUUUGGCACGCCAGUACCUCCUCCUGUUGCUACUGUCAUUACCAGUACUCCGAAAGUACAGCCAACUCCAUCACCUUCAGCAUCUUCGCUCGUGCCUACCCUUUGCGCUGAACUAAACAUCACACCUCCGACUUAUAAGCUCGCGCAGACCUCGGCCCUGACUCCUGACUUCUGGGAUGGCGAGGCUCGAUUUGAUCAUGCCGUUGAACCUUGCCUGCACGGUGCUGUGGGAAAGGUUGAAAGGGUGUAUGGAAAGAAGAAUGCCAAGGACAAGGUCGUGCAGCAAGUUCUGGAAGUUCUUGAGAGUGUCAAGCAACAGAGGAUGGCUGGUUGA